AUGGAACUUGACUUUUCAGAAAGAGCGUCAAGUGAUGUUCCAGUUUCGUUUGAUGACCGCAAGUUUAUGAAGAAGAUGCAAGAAGGCAUCCGCCAGCAACCAGAUGGUCACUACAUCAUGCCACUCCCAUUCAAGGAGGGCAAACCUCCUGAACUGCCGAAUAACAAGAUUCAAGCGAUCCGCCGCCUUGCCCAGCUAAAGAGUCGUUUCAUAAAGGAUCAGAGGUACCAUCAGGACUACUGCUCCUUCAUGCGAAAUAUCAUCAAAAGUGGUUAUGCAGAACGUGUUGCAGAAUCCGAGCUUCUUGAAUGCGAGGACAGUGGUCACGUGUGGUACAUACCCCACCACGGAGUGUACCAUAGCAAGAAACCUGAGAAGAUCAGGGUGGUAUUCGACUGUAGCGCGAGAUACAACGGAGAGUGCCUCAACGAUCACCUUCUCCAGGGUCCUGACCUUACGAAUGCCCUUGCGGGUGUACUCUGCCGAUUCAGAAGAGAACGUGUGGCACUCAUUUGCGACGUAGAGCAGAUGUUCUACCAGUUCAAAGUCAACGCAGAGCAUCGCAAUUUUCUUAGAUUCCUAUGGUGGGACAACGGAAGCUUUGAAGGAGAUCCUCAGGUAUUUCGCAUGAAGGUGCACUUGUUUGGUGCCACUUCGUCCCCUGGAUGCGCAAACUUUGGCCUGAGACGGAUUGCUGACGACUUUGAAUCGGAGCUUGGAUCUGAGGCAGCUAAUUUUGUGCGACGUAAUUUCUACGUUGAUGAUGGCCUGAUAUCGGUUCCAACCAAAGAAGAAGCUAUCAACAUGAUCCAGAAGACAAAGGAUCUUUGCAAUCGAGGUGGCCUGCGUCUGCAUAAGUUCAUCAGUAAUUCCUUGGAGGUCAUCAGUGCAGUGGCUCCUGGAGACCGUGCGAAGGGUAUCAAGGAUCUUGAUCUCCGAUCCGACUCCAUACCUGUCGAGAGAGCUCUCAAAGACCAGCCACUGACGAGACGUGGAGUCUUAUCUACAGUCUGCUCUGUUUAUGAUCCGUUGGGACUGGUAGCACCCGUCAUACUCGUAGGAAAACAAAUUCUACAGAGCCUCUGCAAAGACCAAGUUGACUGGGACGACCCACUCCCAGAUCCGCUGAGAUCGCGUUGGGAGCAAUGGCGAAGCAGCCUAAUUCACCUCCAGAGCCUCAAAGUCCCGAGAUGUUUUCGGCCAGAAGAGUUUGGAGAAUUGACAUCCAUCGAAGAUCACCAUUUUUCGGAUGCUAGCAACAAUGGAUAUGCACAGUGUUCCUACCUGCGUCUUCGAAAUGGUGAAGGAAGAGUCCAUUGCGUCUUGGUGAUGGGCAAGUGUAGAGUCUGCCCACUGAAGGCUGUCACCAUCCCUCGCUUAGAACUUAAUGCAGCAGUUGUGUCAGUACGAGUGAGUGCUCUGGUUCAGAGAGAGCUUGACUACCAGGAUUACAGCGAAGUGUUCUGGACAGACAGUCAAGUUGUCCUAGGAUAUAUAGCCAUUGAUGCCUGUAGAUUUCACGUCUUCGUGGCGAACAGGGUGCAGAUAAUCAGGGACCAUACGGAGCCAUCCCAGUGGAGGCAUGUACACUCUUAA